AUGGCUCCAUCUUUUACCACUGUUAAAAUUUUCUCUUCUUUUGGUAUGGCAGAAAUUUCAAACUGCUUCACCAUCAUACAUGGUUACGUUGUUGUAUCAAAAGUUGCAGAUUCCAUGAGUAACAGCAAAAUGCGACCAAAGUCAGAGGAAGAAGAGAAAGUGUCGAAUGAGAACAACUGGUGGAUUCCAGAUCCUCUAACUGGCUUCUACAAACCCCUUAACAUCAAUGACAUUGAUGCUGCUGAAUUGCAUGCUAAGUUUUUGCCAAAAAAGUCCAACAAACCAUCUUUGUAA